GAGCAACGACUCAGUAAAAUAAUUGUUGCUGUAGUUACUUAGAUCGAUAGUUUUAAUUAUUAAGCAGAAAUCUAAAACAAUGGACUUCGAUGCGAAGAGCACGAGGAGGAGAGAUCUCCCCCCAAUUCCUCAAGUACCGAAGAUGCCCGUCUCAGAUUAAUACUCCAGACUCACAUUAAUCUCUGAUGUAAGUGCACUAAGGUCUUUGUCUACACGUCUACAUCAGAUCUCCGUCUUGUCUGGAAUGACAAAAAAGACAACGAGGGGACCACGAGCACUGCCGUCCAUGCCCAGUCAAGACACAACAGAGGAGAUGCCUGUACCAAAGAGCAGGAGAAAGAAAUCAAAGAGAGAUGUGGAGAGUGUAGAAGAACCUGAUGACGGUGGAAUGGAAAUGGGAGAGGUGACCAGUCGCAGAGCGUCAGAGUGUCGGGAACCUUUAACCCCCGAGCCUCUGGACAACCCACCGCAGAAAAAGAAAAAGAAGAAGAAAGCGCAAGCCGUCGAUGUAGAGGGAGCUCAAACAGACCUGGUGUCAAAUGGAGACAUGAUGGACCACAACACUGAUGAGGAAGUGACACGCAGGCCCAAAAAGAAAAAGGUGAAACCUAAAGUAACAGAGACGCAGUCCAACAACGAUCUGGAUGUGGAGGACGAUGACAUCAUCACAGACCCACAAGCCCCAGUUUCCCAGCAUUCCUUGUUCUCUGCUCCACAAGGACAAAGUCAGCCAGUGGGGAAAGUGUUUGUGGAGAAGAGUCGACGUUUUCAAGCCGAGCGAGUGGAACAGUGGAUGUCCAGCGGGCAGAUGGAGCAGAGCUUUAUGGACAUCCGUUCAAUGUGGACCACCAGAGAUGUGUCAAUGAGAGUACACAGUGGAUACAGGGUCAUCGGUCUGUUUUCGCAUGGCUUUUUGGCCGGUUAUGCUGUGUGGAACAUUAUUGUGAUGUAUGUGUUGUCUGGAGAACAGAUGAGCAGAGUUUCUGAUCUUCUUCAGCAGUAUCGUCCGCUGGCUUACCCCGCACAGUCUCUCAUGUAUCUACUGCUGGCUCUCAGCUCCGUCUCUGCCUUCGACAGGUUAAAUCUGGCUGAAGCUCCUGUGGCCAUGAGAAGUUUACAAACCCUCAGUCCUGUGGCUCUCUCCUCUCUCUUGUACUUCUGUGCACUUGUAUUAUCUUUAAGCCAGCAGAUGACAAGCGAUCGGAUCAAUCUCUAUAAUCAAUACUCCAGCUCUAACACCACACUGUGGCAGCCGGGCUCAGAGAGCAGCAUCAUUUACCCGUGGGUUGUAGUAAACCUGGUCGUCACUCUGCUGGUCGGGCUGGCCUGGGUUCUAAUGUCAUCAAGUCCAGAUAUUGACCACACAGAAGAGUUUUUAAUGUCAAUGGAAGCUGAAUAUCCGAAGGCAGAAGAGAAAGGAAACAUCACUGCAUGAGGCACCUGAAUUAGUGUUUUGUUUUUUUACCAUUUUUGAUGCAGGAUUGUAUAUAUAUAUAGAUAUAUAUCUUAUGGCUAGAAUACACUACAAGACUUUUACAACAUGAACAGAUUUUUUUUAACUAGACAUCAUACACUUGCAGUUUUUCUGAAAGUUUCUGAUAGAAACAGGGCUGGACUAGGUAGUAAAAUGGGCCCUGCCAUUUUUGGCCCACAUUGGCCCUCCAGCAUUUUUGUUGACCGGUGGGGGGCAUGCAUACGUGUCUUUUGAAUUCGCCUUGAUUGCAUUCGCAUUUAUAAUACAUCCGUCUGAGCAGCCAAAGCAUCCAUUACGGCCUAAAACAAUAGCGGCUUAUCGAGAAAAUGCCCGGAACAUCAGAUGGCCAGUCCCCCCCUGGGUAGAAACACACGAACUUAUCAAAUCUUAUCAGACUUUCUGCAACAAGUCCAGACUGAAAAUCUGGGCAAAACCUGAGUCUUGUAGUGUAUUUAAGCCUUUUAAAGUGCAAUGCUUUACAACUGUGACAUUUAUAAUAAACAUUUUUUUAGAGAA